AUGACUUCAGCAGCGACGAAAAAGCUCGUAGUUUGCGGCGGCAAUGGAUUUCUAGGGAGCAGGAUAUGCAAAGCAGCCGCGCAUCGGGGUUGGAGUGUGACUUCAAUAUCUCGCUCAGGCAUCCCACAUUGGCAGUCCGUCACGUCCUCGCCCAACCCUCCCGAAUGGUCUGAGAAUGUGUCAUGGCAGAAAGGCGACAUCCUCGACCCCUCAUCCUACACACAACACCUCGAAGGCGCGGACGCCGUGAUACACACCAUGGGCAUACUGCUAGAAGCGGACUACAAAGGCGUCGUCAGUGGAAAGGAGAGCCCGAUCAAGGGGUUGCAACGCGCAUUCAGCGCGAAUAAAGCAGGGACGCAGAAUCCCCUCGAUAUCAAACCUGGCGAAACACUACGCCCGCAAGAAAGCGAUGGCCAACUCACUUACGAAGUCAUGAAUCGUGAUACUGCUGUCAGUUUGGCGCAAGAGUCCUCUACGCGAAAAGUCCCGACAUUCCUCUACAUCUCUGCCGCAGCAGGCACCCCCAUCCUUCCUGCUCGCUACAUUUCAACCAAGCGCGAAGCCGAAUCCCUCAUUUCCACCACUUUCCCCUCUAUGCGCUCAAUAUUCAUCCGGGCGCCGUUCAUGUGGGACCCGGCAAGGACAUUCACAUUGCCUAUUGCCGCGGGUGGCAUGGUCGCGAGUAUCGUGAAUAGCGCUGUGGGCGGCCGGUUGACGUGGCUCAUGGGGGCUGGUGGGAUCAAACCACUAAAGGCUGACUUGGUUGGGGAAGCUGUGGUAGAAGCCCUAGAGGAUGAGGAAGUGCGAGGACCUGUGGAAGUUCCGGAGAUUGAGAGGCUGGGGACUAGGGCCUGGAGGAAGAAUAUGCUAUAA